GACGAUUUCUCUGGUGCUGCAUCACACGCUCAGCAACACGCUGGUAGCAGUGGUGAUUCGGACCUCUUUAGCUCCGCUUUGGGCAUGCUCUCCGGAAAGCACCAGCAGGCUCAGAACGAGGGCUUCGACGAAGAUGAAGCCGUGAGACAGCAUCAGCAGUUCUAUGGAGAUGGAGGCAGCGGAGGAGCACCAGCAAACUCUCACUCCAUCGGAGGAGCAGCAGCAAUGCAGGCCUUGAAGAUGUUCAACCAGGGAGGAUCUGGUGGAGGAUCUGGUGGAGGUCAAAACGCGUUCAUUGGAAUGGCCAUGGGCCAGGCUGCCAAGCUGUUCGACCAGCAAUCUUCGCAAGGCAAUGUGCAAGAUGGAGCCAGCAAGCAGAAUGCAGUGGCCAGUGCAGCACAGAUGGCGCUCAAAAUGUACAUGAAGUCGGAGAUGGGCGGGGGAUCGAGCGGCGGUGGCUCUGGCGGCGGACUGGGUGGUCUGCUGAACAUGGCUUCGAAAUUCAUGAAGUAG